GCUAUAACCAAAUUAUUUUUUUUUCCUCAUUUGCAUUUUUUUUUUAUAAUUUUCCAUCAGAACCUAAUAAAAACUUUUGGAAAGCCUCGAAUCCAAAGGAUGUGUUGUAAGCGUGCUAAAUCCAAACACAAAGGGCGUGCAUGAGACGCGCCUACGAGGCGAUUGAGCGAAUUUUGAAUCUACCUGAACUGUCUGGUCAUUAAGUGAAAGUGCAUGGAAAAUCUCUGUUGCUGUUUCCUACCUCUCUGUUUUACUAUUUCCUAUACGUAUCAACUUGGUUUUAUAAUUUAAAAUGGAGGAAAACCCGCAUCGAGUUUCACGUAGAAGCCAAGGCGGGGCCCACUGGAGGAGCAGCGGCGCCGAAGAGAACCACCAAUCUGACGACGGCGACGGAGUAAAAUGCUCCGGCAAGAAGUGCAGAUCGGCGGCGGCGGCGGCGAUCGCCGACUGCGUGGCGCUCUGUUGCUGCCCAUGCGCCGUCGUCAACCUGCUGACUCUGGCCUUCGUAAAGGUCCCGUGGAUGAUCGGCCGGCGAUGUCUCGGGGGAGGCAGAGUAGGACGGCGGAGGAGGCGCCGAGGGGAAGAUGGGUUUCGCCGGGCGACGGCGGAGGGGGAAGACGACCACAGUUUCGUGGUGGAGAGAGACGGAAGCCUGACGAAGGAGGAGGAUAAAACGGCGUCGUUUGGGGCGGAGGACGAAGACAGGAUAAGUGCGAGGGUGGAGGCCGAGAGGGUGUGGUUGGAGUUGUAUCAGAUCGGUCACUUGGGAUUUGGCAGAGUCUCAUUCACUGGAAUUCAGUGAUAGUCUUUAGGGAAUUCUAAGCAUCUCUUGUUACCUGAUUAGUUAAUUCA